AAGUAGCAAGAGGAAGAACGUCGGGAUGUCCUUGUCGGUGCAGGUCGAGCAGAAAGAGCCGCUCCUCGAACAAGAAGAGCAGGGCUCAACGCUGUUGCAGAAGUUCAGCUCUGCCCUAUUUUAUGCGUUUACAUCUUUCAUGAUCACUGUUGUCAACAAGCAGGUAUUGACGAGCUAUGCAUUCCCUUCAUUCCAGGCUGUAGCACUCGGGCAGAUGGUAACAACCAUCGUCGUCCUCCAAUGCGCCAAGAAGAUGCGAAUACUCACAUUCCCGGACCUGCACAGAAAGACAUUUUCCCAGCUUUCACCUCUACCUUUUAUCUACGUCGCUAACAUGAUAUUCGGACUCGGAGGGACAAAAGAGCUGAGCCUGCCGAUGUUCACAAUGCUCAGGCGCUUUUCCAUAUUGAUGACGAUGAUCGCUGAAUACUGGAUCUUGGAUGUCGUUCCUAAACUCUCCGUCAAGAUAUCCAUCGGUUUUAUGAUCUUAGGAGCUGUGAUUGCUGCGAGCGGUGACCUCGGCUUUGUCUUUGAGGGCUAUGUAUUCGUCCUCUUGUCUGAUGUUCUUACGGCCAGCAGUGGAGUCUACACAAAAAAAAUUCUCAGCUCAAACAAGGAAAUGGGCAAGUACGGUCUUAUGUACUAUUGCGCCCUUUUCAUGGCGCCGUUCGCCUUCUUCACUAUUUUGGUGCUAGGCGAGGUUGCUCCAGUGGUCUCAUUUCCCGGAUGGCACGACCCCAUUUUCAUCCUACAGUUCCUCGGUUCGUGCUGCAUGGGCUUCGUGCUCAACUACUCGAUCGUCUUCUGCACCCAUCAUAAUUCGGCGCUUACAACGACGAUAAUGGGCUGCCUCAAGAACAUCCUCGUCACGUACCUCGGGAUGUUCAUUGGCGGCGACUACAUCUUCUCGGUGACCAACUUUGUUGGCAUCAACCUGUCGAUUAUCGGCAGCCUGCUUUACACUUACGUCAUAUUCAAACCUUCGCCCUCAAAGGGCAGUCAUUGUAUAAAAGUUUAAAAACUUAGCCUGUAUAUACAUUAUUUAAUUAAUGCCCAAACUUUUUUUUUUUUUUUCAAAAGGCGCACAGAAUUUUGAUUUUAGUGUGCUCAAAUGAAAAUUGUGCCAAGUAAAUUUAACAUACUUUUUUUUUAAUAUAUAUACAUUUUUGGGGGUGUUAUUUCAUAAUACUUUUGUUUUAAAAAGUUA